UGUCCCAUGAGUCGAUUGGCUGAUGAAGAGAAGAGAGGCACAGCAUAGUGAGUAUGAAAAGAGACAGAGUGCAGUGCAGACCGAGACUGCAGACAUGAAGCAGCACAGAGCGAUUUAUAUGCUUGAAAAGGUUGCAGCAGAACGGAUCACUUAUGAGGUUUGUCACAAAUUGAAUCACUGACAUCCUGAUGUUUACAGACCAAACAUGUGAACAGACAACAAUCAGUGAAGCUUGCAGACCCUCAGCAUGGGAUCGCUGUGGAAUAUUUAUUUUCUUUUCCUUCUUUCAUUCUCUCUUUUACUUCACGCUGCUGCUUUCACUGAAGAAAACAUCAAAGAAACACGAGAGACUGACUACUACCAGGAGACACAAUUUCUUACGCAGCCCACAGAAAAACCUCACCAGUCAAGUUUGGCACAAGGCAGUUUUAUGUUUGGACCUGAAAAUGUUGACUUCCUGAAUCGUCCUUUGAAUUGGCCCUUCUCGUCAUCUGAGGACUUAGACAGGCAAGGUGUAAUUGGUGAAUAUAGUGACAUUCAUGAAGAUAUUGAGACAUCUCCUUUUUAUCCUAAUGAUGAAAGACUUACAUCAAAGCCUUCAGACAUUCCGAAAAAGGACACCACUCCAGUGGAGGGUGUACAAACAUCUGGAUCUUUGUUAGGAAAGGCUCUACAAAAUCCAACAAAGGAAACAUUAAAUUUUCUGUCGACUGAGAGAAGUCGAGUGUCUGCAGAGCAUCCUCCACAAAUCAGAGAGAAUGAGCAAACACUGACAACCUCGCAAAAUGAAAUUUUUGAUAUUCAGUUUCCUUUACCUUUUUCUGACUCUCUUCCAUCACCCAAACCUGAUUGGAACUCAACUUCAUCACCAUUUAUUGGAUCGGACAAUAACCCAAACCACCAAACUCCAUCACCAGCAACAAACAAUGAGGGACGGACUGAAGGCAUUCCAAUGUCCAUACAGAUAAAUCAAAAUGGGACAAAUUCUAUUCCAGAUACUAUUUUAACCAGAGUAACUAUAAGCACAGAGGGAGCCAGAGAUGAUUCCAGGAAAGACAGCCUGAAUGUCCCAAAGGCCACUGGCACACUGUUGCUCGAGGGUGACAUGGAUAUACCCACCACGCCCUGUAAAACAUCAGAUCAGACCUGGACUCCCACCUAUCCAGAGAAUUUUACUCCAAGUGAGCCCUUGCUCCCCUCUCUGGCUCUCAGUCCUGCCCUUCUGGUCCCUUUGUAUUCAGACUGGAAUUCUGCCUUUGCAACAUGGGGCUUUGCAUGGGAAGCACAUAUCUAUGGUGUGGGAUCUGUCUUUUCUUUAAUUUGCCUAAUUUCUGUGGUUUGCCUGUUAGGCUUGCCUCUACGGUGCCCACCUGGAAUUGGACUUUUUAUAAUGCUCCACUUCUUCAUUCUGGCAUUUGCAGGCAUCCAAGGCUUCAGUUUGCUGUAUGAUGCUUAUAAUUCUCAAGACCGUCUUCCUCCUCUGGUCACUCAAUUGCUUUCAGAAUUACCAAUGCCCUGUUUAAUAUCAGCCUUCUCCUUGGCCUUCUUCCUCCUGUCCUUGCACUCACGCAGCUAUCUUUCACUACCAAUUGCUAUUUCUACCUCAUUUUCAGCCUUGCCGAAGCCUUGUCUUUUGCUUUGUAUGUGCCUGUUGCAGUUUAUGAUCUCACUUGGAUGUGUUGGACUCCUCCAAUUAUUUCACAGUCUCCCCACUGUGGUCAUUUUGUUCCCUCAGGGUUUGUUUGUCUUAAUAGCCAUCUUUCUUUCAUUCUCCUACCUCAUCUUUUACUGCUUGAAACAAUUAAACACAAAACACAUUUACAGGCUGAGUGAAAAUGGAGAGACUGGCGGCUCACCAGAAAUGGUACGCCCUGUAAUUUGUCCUUUUUCCAAGGUAGAAGACUGGGACAGAGCAGCAGGAGCUGGGAUAGGAAGUUCAUUGUGCUUGUUAGGAUGUGGUGGUUUUCAGCUAUAUGGGAUCUUGCAUGCUCUUGGUUUGGGUGGAAUUGAUGGCUUUGGGUUUGAGCCGUGGCCUUGGUGGGGCUACCAGAUUGGCUACAGGUUCUGUGAGACUGGAGUGUGUGUGGGAUUGUGUAUUAUUGGCACACAUCCUCUGUUCUGCAACAACCCCUCUUUGAAAACCAUAAGUAGUAGCAGACCAGGAUCCUGGUCCCGUCUAUCUUGUAACUCCCCUUUGCAAGGACACAGUAGGCCCUCACAGGAAGAAGUGAGUUCUCCAGGUCUCUCCACUCAUGAGUCCUGGUCCCAGGUUAAGCAGGAAAGGUUGAUGGUCUGCAAUGUUGAUGCCAAGAAGCAGUCAGAAGCGCUUCCUCUUUGCUCAAUGGUUGACAAUCCUGAAACUGAAGUAGACUGUGCAAACAAGCACAGCCCAAACAAGAGUACUCUGCCUUUACACACACCUCAAAAACCACCCAGCAAACCUAAAAAUGCAGAUGAGCUCCAGCUGUCAUCACUUGAUAGCGUAGGUACAGAUAGUGACUCCACUGGGGAUCUCCGACCCCCAUCUCCCAUAGACUUGUCCCGCAGCAUUGAUCAGGCUCUCUUUAGUGAGUCUUUAUUCUCUCACAGCAUUUUUAGUCCACAAAGACUCUUCCAUACUUCCUCAAGUUUUUCAUUGAAUUCUCCUGCCCAGGAUUCAUUAAACCAUGGGCCCAAAAAUGUUGCAGAUACUCUAUAUCGGGCCUCAUCUUGUGGAGACGUGGAUCAAGAGAAUGCUAUAUCCAGUUCCAGAGUUUCUCAGCCACAUGGGAGUUUGAUGUCUCACAGGAAAGCACCUGUGCCAACAGGUCAGAUAGACUGGAAAGGGAGCAUUGCUGGUUCAACCCAAGGUUUGUGCAACCAUCCAAAACAAACUGGAAAGUUUUGUUCAAAUUCCUGGACAAACAGGGGGCAAAGUAUUGCUCAAAGCAACUUUCCAAGGGCAAUACCCUCUCUGUCUUAUCACAGGAAAUACAGAACCCUGAGCUUAGCGUCCCAAGACAGUCAAGGGUCCGGCCGGUUGCCAGUGACUAAGCAUCUAAGUGAAAGCAAGCAGCUUGAAUGGGACAUGGCAGUACAAGCAGAGUUUGUUAAUGUGUGCAAACAAAUUGAUGCCCUGAGUAUGUGCAGUGACACUAUUGAACUGUAAAAAGAUUUGAAAGUUCAGGCAAGUUAAGAAUUCAAUCUGAGAGUGUACAGAAAGUUUAAAAUAAUAAAUAGAGUAUCACCUAUAAGGUAGGUAGAAUUUAUGUUAUUAAUUUAACACGGCCUAAUAAUUAUCUGUAAAUAUUCUGUACCUUGAAAAAAUGUGUUUUUUUUACACUCUUAUUCUUAUACAAUUUAGAGAUCAGAGCACAUCGUCAAACGUUUGCAAGCAGAAUAUCUGCUCCAUGUAUUUUGUUCGGAACAUUAGUUUGGAAUAAACUUACAAAGAUUUCUUACAAUAAAGAUUUCAAGCUCAAGUUUAAGUUUAUCAUGUGAAAUUCCUGCUAAAUGGACGAAAAUGGUAUUCUGUCUCCAGAACAGAUCAACUAAGCUUUUUGUACUUUGGGUGGCAUAUUCUGAUAACUUGGAUGAAUUCUUGCAAAUACUUAAUUAUAUUUGUUGUCCAAUCCUGAUGACAGAGACUGUGAAAGAAGCAAAAAUGUAUUCAGUGACCAUUGUCCAGCAAAUGGUGUGAAGUUAAAGAUCUUUGCUCCACAUCUCCAUUUGGCAUUUAUUACAGUUUAAUUUAGAGAUUGCUAUUACACAUCAAAUAUAAAAAAAGAUACAGCGAUUACCCAAUAACUUCAAAAAGUUUCCACUCAGGGAAUUUUAGCAACUUUUCUAUGUUCAUUAUGUUCUACCAUUUAAUCCGCUGAUUUCAAAAUAUUAAUAGCAAACAUAAAAACAGAAUUGUGUUACCCCUCCAGGGGGUCUUUUUCUGGACUCUAGUGUCCCUUAUAUGAAAGUAGGCUGACAGGAAAGGAGAGGGGGGAAACAUGUGGCAAAUAUUGUCGGGCCCAGGAGUCGAACUGUGGAGGACUCAAGGCCUCCAAACAAGGGUCGCGCUAUUCCCUACACCACAUGCAGAAUUUUUCAAUAUAAAGUGUGAAACUACAAAUUUUAAGUAGUGCAAGUCCAGUAGAUCUCACUUUGCCACAAGAAAUUUGAACGUUUUCAUAGUUAAUUCACAAAACCAUCGCUGGGAAAGUAAGACAAUUUCUUAUUGUUUGCAAUUGAUAUGUAUAUAUAUUUUUUAUUUCAGCAAGGGAAACAUUUGCAUAGUAAGAAUGUGUUGUUUAAAUGUCAACCCUGAAACAACAAUGGGAAAUUAAAUAAAGGCUGGAAAAAAAAUAUUUUCUUUGGAAUCUUUGACUCUCUUCACCAAAUGGAGUUAAAAUAAGCUUCAGCAACGACUGUUAUAGCCAUUCAGUAGAGUUGAUUUUGAACACAAAAUCAAGCCAAAUAUAGCAUUUAUAAUUCCAUUUACUGUCACAGAAUUUGUCUCUCCUUAAAGUUUAGUGUUGGGUGGAAAAUGAAGAACCACAAACUCGACAAAACAUCUGAAAGACUUAUACUUGUAAGUUUCUAAGAUUAAAACAUGCUAAAUGUUCUGCACAUUUCAAUGUUAACAAAUUUUCAAUGGAAAAAAUCUGACUUCUGUCUCUUCAGACUGUUUCAUGUGAAAGUCCCAGAGACCACAUAAUAGUCAUAACUUGUGAUAACUAACCAUGCUGACUUGAAUUGAUUACCAAUAGCAAAUAUGAUGCAAAACCUCCAGAAACAGAAAUUAGACAGUCCUAUUGUUGAAUAAAUUUGCAUUAAUCAGAUCCUUAUUCAUAUGGGUUGGAAAUUUGUUUUUCAAUUAGUUGUUCCAUUGAAUCUAAGUUACACACAUUCGUCAAAGAAAUUAAACCUUGUAAAUCUGAUCUAGA